AUGUGGUUAUUUUCUAACAACUUUUUCAUAGAUACAACUUUAAAUGAAGAUAUUCUGGAAAGUUGGAGGAAGGAAGACAGUAAUUUUGUACCAACAGCAGCAAGUGAAUAUGUAGAGGAAAAAAUUAAAAGUCAAAACCUGGUCAUGGUUGUCGGGAACUCCGGAUGCGGUAAAACGGCAAUUAUUCAACAUAUUGCACUCAAGUUAAAAGAAGAGAAAAGAUGGAAUAUCAGACCUGUCGAUGAGGUGAAAGAAAUAAAACAACUAUGUUCUCUUGAAAUCUCCUCAGAUAAAACGAUACUAUUUCUUCUAAAUGACCCCAUUGGUAAGGAGUCACUAGAUGACAUUUCAUAUAAUUCAUGGAAAACUUACGAGAAAACACUAGAGAUUUGCUUGAACAAGGUUAAAUUAUUGGUGUCAUGUAGAAGAUGUGUCAUUAAUGACAAGAGAUUAGAAGGAAUACUCAAAAAGGACUCCAACAUAGUAGAGAUAGACAGCAACAAAUGGAAGUUAUCAGAGGAAGAAAAAAGGAAGAUCUUAAAUACAUACUGCCAACAUCUAGAUAUAUCUCAAAAGGACUUAAGUGAAAUACUUAAAACAGAAGCAUAUUUUCCUUUGCUUUGUAAAGUGCUUUCUUGUGAACAAAGUAGCGGUAGCAAAAACGUAGAACAAGUAGCCAGCAUAUUUAAAAACCCGUUUCAGUUCAUAAAAAAAGAAAUUGAACGUUACAAGACCUUAGACAAACAAAAAUAUUGCGCCUUACUUUUGAUCGUGGUAUUUGAUAAUGAUUUAAAAGUAUAUUCUUUAGAAAAAGAAAAAAACGCUGAACAAAAGUAUAAAGUCAUUUUGAAAAUAUGUAACCUACAAGAAAACACACAUGUUUCGGCCAUUAAAGAUUCUCUAGAUGAACUGAGCGGAUCUUAUGUCAGACGUGUCGGGAAUGUUUACCAAUUCCUUCACGACUUCAUUAUGGAGAUAACGACUUUUGUGUUUGGUACCAACUGUCCAAAAGAGACAAUACAGUACGCAGGCAGUGGUUUUCUAAGACGACGGGUGAGAAUAGAAGACGAUACAGAAGAGGAAGAUCGCGAUCCCUUCACUGUUUACCUUCCUGAAGAGUACAUUGAUGAUCUUGUGGACAGGUUUAUCAUUGACAUGCAAACAGAACACCUUGUAGAUGUUUUACUCAAUCCUUGUUUGAGAAAAGAGAGCGUCAUCAAAUCUUUUAAAACAAAAUUCGAUUCGCUUGAAGAAAUUAUUGCGCUUGCAACGAUUCUUAUCAGAAUUAAGUGUAAAAUAGAUAAAUCGGAAUUUUCAAGCUCAUUUGAAGGAUCUGGUGCGUCUAGACUUGCUUUCCUUGAUUGGAAAGGAGAAAUAUGUCCUUUGACUGGAUUCAUUAUAUUUUGUCAUAAUGACAUUUCUUCAUUUUUCUUGAAUAAAAUCAAUCAAUCAACGUUAAAAGAUUACCAUAUCUUCUCUGCCGUUUGUGCAAAUGGUAAGACAGAUCUAUUAAAUUCUCUCAGCGAGGAUUAUAAAAAAACAUCAGUCAUGGAAACUUGGGGUAUUUUUUUACCAAUUCAUAUUGCUUCUGUAUUUCAUAAUGUUUCAUUAGUUGAGGAAUUACUAAGACUUGGUGCUGACGUAAACGAGUUCACAACUUAUGAAACAUGGACUCCAUUAUCACUGGCUGCUGCAAAUCACGAAGAUCAUUUAAAAGAGGCAGGAAUGGAUACAAACGAGGGAGAAAGACGUAAUAAAAACAUUAUGUGCUUAUUGAACAAAGGAAGCGACAUCAAUUUAUGUAAAAAGAAUGGAGCUAGUCCUCUUUAUAUAGCUUGUGAAAAUGGACAUGAUAGCACGGUACAACUAUUACUGAACAACGGUGCCGACAUCAAUUUAUGUAACAAGAAUGGAGCCAGUCCUCUGUACAUAGCUUGUCAAAAUGGACAUGAUAGCACUGUACAACUGUUACUGAACAACGGUGCCGACAUCAAAUUAUGUAACAAGAAUGGGACCAGUCCUCUUUAUAUAGCUUGUCAAAAUGGACAUGAUAGCACGGUACAACUGUUACUGAACAACGGUGCUGACAUCAAUUUAUGUAACAAGAAUGGAGCCAGUCCUCUUUAUAUAGCUUGUCAAAAUGGACAUGAUAGUACGGUACAACUGUUACUGAACAAUGGUGCCGACAUCAAUUUAUGUGACAAGAAUGGAGCCAGUCCUCUUUAUAUAGCUUGUCAAAAUGGACAUGAUAGCACGGUACAACUGUUACUGAACAACGGUGCCGACAUCAAUUUAUGUAACAAGAAUGGAGCCAGUCCUCUUUAUAUAGCUUGUGAAAAUGGACAUGAUAGCACGGUACAACUGUUACUGAACAACGGUGCCGACAUCAAUUUAUGUAACAAGAAUGGGAACAGUCCUCUUUGGAUAGCUUGUGAAAAUGGACAUGAUAGCAUGGUACAACUGUUACUGAACAACGGUGCCGACAUCAAUUUAUGUGAGAAGAAUGGAGCCAGUCCUCUUUAUAUAGCUUGUCAAAAUGGACAUGAUAGCACGGUACAACUAUUACUGAACAACGGUGCCGACAUCAAUUUAUGUCUAAAUGAUAGAACCAGUCCUCUUUAUAUUGCUUGUCUAUAUGGACAUGAUAGUACGGUACAACUGUUACUGAACAACGGUGCCGACAUCAAUUUAUGUGAUAAUGAUGGAGUCAGUCCUCUUCAUAUUGCUUGUAAUAAUGGACACAAUAGUAAGAUACAACUGUUACUGAACAACGGUGCCGACAUAAAUUAAGGUCAGAGUGAAGGAGCCAGUCCUCUUUAUAUAGCUUGUGAAAAUGGACAUGAUAGCACGUUACAACUGUUACUGAACAAUUGUGCCGACAUCAAUUUAUGUAUCAAGAAUGGAGCCAGUCCUCUUUAUAUAGCUUGUCAAAAUGGACAUGAUAGCACGGUACAACUAUUACUGAACAACGGUGCCGACAUCAAUUUAUGUCUGAAUGAUAGAACCAGUCCUCUUUAUAUUGCUUGUCUAUAUGGACAUGAUAGUACGGUACAACUGUUACUGAACAACGGUGCCGACAUCAAUUCAUGUCAUAAUAAUGGAGCCAGUCCUCUUCAUAUUGUUUGUAAUAAUGGACACAAUAGUAAGGUACAACUGUUACUGAACAACGGUGCCGACAUCAAUUUAUGUAACAAGAAUGGAGCCAGUCCUCUUUAUAUAGCUUGUGAAAAUGGACAUGAUAGCACGGUACAACUAUUACUGAACAACGGUGCCGACAUCAAUUUAUGUAACAAGAAUGGAGCCAGUCCACUUUUUGUAGCUCGUCAAAAUGGACAUGAUAGCACGGUACAACUACUACUGAACAAUGAUGCCGAUAGUAAUUUGUGUAACAAGAAUAAAGACAUUAUUGAUGAUAACUAAAUGGACAUGAGUUCACAAUUAUUGAUAUACAUUAAAUUGGCAAUUUACCAAUAAGUUGAAACUAGUGUGCCACAAUAAUUGUCCAAAAAUAUCAUUAUUGUUUUAUUUUGUUGUACUUUAAAUAAGCAAAUGCUAGAUUUAUUUAUUUAAUCAUUGCGUUUCUAAUAGGAAAAUCUAAUGAAACAAUAUUGUUAAAUUUUAUCCUGUGAAACAUAAAAUAUAUAGAUUAAUUUGAAAUAUAUUUAUAUGUAUUUAGUCUGAAAAACGUGUUAUAUGUGUACAAUUGAAAAAUGUGAAGUAUAUUUAUUUAGUUAGAAAAUGUGUUAUAUGUAUAUGCUAAAAAUAUUUUAUAAUUCUCCUGUGAAUUUCAUUUUUCCUGUGAAUUACUUUCUUUUAAUAUGCUAUAGAUAUGUAUUUGCUUUGACAUAUCCUCAUAUAGAAUGGCUUUAAAUACAAUGUAUAAAAUGUAAGAUUAAUCUACUAUCUACAUGUACUAAACCUAUAUCAUGUUGUGAAUCACGAGUCCAUUGUUCAAUGGCUCAAAUUAUAGGGAGUACAAGUAAUGAUCUCGGUGUAUAUCAACAUCGUAUAAUAUCAACUGCUGUCUUGUACUUUAUAUUUCAAAACAAAUUUAAAACAUUUCUAUUUUAACAUAUGGAAUUUUAAAAAAAUGCCAUUUAUGUUUUAUAUUAGUUCAGAAAACCAAGAAUGACGUUUAUGGUUUUAUGCCUAUAUCUAUGACUGUAACAAAAUGAAGCAAUAUUUUUUAUUGUACAUGAAAAUGUAUUGUGGUUGUCAGAUUUCAAUUUUAGAAGGACUUUCGCGAGCGCAGGGGCGUGAAUAUUGUUGUAAAAUUUAACAAAAGACAGUUUAUGUUGCUGCUGUAAAUGUUCAUGUUUUCAUUUUGAAUUUAAUUUUAUUUUAUAUAAUAAACAAAAGGUAGUAUCCCUAGAAUUUGUUUAAUUUGGGGCAGUGGUAAAGGAUGUUAUGUUCUGACCAGCUGAGGAUAUAAAUAAUUAUCAAAGCGAUCAUGUAAUAUAAUGAGAUAGCUAACCGUACGAAAGCUCAAAAGUCCAUGAAACAAUACAAAAUAAAAACAGAGCAAACAUCGACCUGUAAAACAAUACAAAAUAAAAACAGAGCAAACAUCGACCUGUAAAACAAUACAAAAUAAAAACAGAGCAAAAACCCACCUGUAAAAUAAUACAAAAUAAAAACAGAGCAAACAUCGACCUGUAAAACAAUACAAAAUAAAAACAGAGCAAACAUCGACCUGUAAAACAAUACAAAAUAAAAACAGAGCAAACAUCGACCUGUAAAACAAUACA